AUGUGUGGGCGUUCGAAUGUGACUCACACAUUGGGCCAAGUGUUCGAAAACCGCGCGUCUAGGAGAACUGUUGUUCCGGUCACAUCAAGUAGGCGAGAAAAGAAGGGGAUAAAGAACGAUUAUUACACUUGUCGAUCAAGCGACGAUAGUGGGAUGAGUGACCGGAACGUGCAAGUAAUGCUACGGGACGCCGAGUGGCUGUCCACCGUCGGCGCGGCAGACAGUGCUCCCAACUUCGUCUGGGAGCCAAAGCAGCUCGCAGGAUCGCUGACGCGGAACUGGGCUUUCGGCCACGGGCGGCCGACGAAAACGACAGGGGCUCCCAAGGGCGCCACCAUCGAAGGCGACACUGACGUGUUUGAGUGUAAUUUCGCCCAGAUGAGACACAGAUGA